CACCGGCCGGCACCGACGGCCGUCGCGACGCUCCCGCGGCGCGUGUGUGCGUUGGUUUGUGCAUUCGCAUAGAGAUACGGAAGUAAAGAGGAAUUGAGAAAAAAAGGAGAGAGCUUCAUCUCCGCGACAAGAGAGAGAAAGAGAGAGGGUCGCGUGCGACAGGUACGAGGACUCACCCCGCCGGGGCUGGCUUUACCGGCGCGCGACGCGAAUCCUGCUGGCGAUCGAGUUACGAGGGGGUUGCUUGCGCCGCGAACCCUGCUAUAGUCCGGGAAAAAGCCCCAGGAGUUCGGCACCUCGCGCUCGGCGUCGCUCGGGCCGCCGCGCCGUGUCGAGAAUCGUCGAAGGGCCUACGUUUUCCCGAAGGGCUACGCGUCGCGACGCUUUUUCUCUUAUUGAUUCAGCCCUGUGCGGCGCGAUCGCUCGAUAAGUUGCGUGUUCGCCCUCGCACGCAUUCAUCGCGAGUAGACGCGGAUAUGUAUUUUCGACGAUGAUGAUGAGUCGCGGCGACCAACUUCAGCCCCUACGCUCUCGCACCCUAUAUCGAUCAAAAAUUACUCCUCACACACGUAGGAUAUUCUCGCGACAGUGUCGUCCGCGUUGUGAAGAGUGUCUCGGGCCGGUGCGUCUCGAAUCUAGCCUGUGGUGCUAGUAUAUAAUAAUCGCGAGAAAUUAGUGAAAUACUACGGAUUAAAAGUGUGUCUCGCGUGUGUCGCGUGGUGAUUGACAGGAAUUUCGCUGGAUAGAAUGCGACAGUAAGGACUUCAUCGAGUCCAAGCGACACGUGCAUGUUUAUCGCCGGACGAUGGCUGGACUACGCUACGUUUGCCGGCUCUUCGUCAUCCUGGAAUACCUGUCGGUCGUUCUGGUACUCGCCCAGAACCCCGUGGAGGAGAAGACCACCUUCGAGGCCGCUUUCCAAGGAAGAUGCGGGCAUGGAUCGCCGUGCGAGCAGCUCUGCUACGAACUUCACGACGGCAUGUACGAGUGCGACUGCAGGGACGGCUACAUACUUCAUAAAAAUGGAUACAGCUGCGCCGAACUCAACUCGACAUCGCCAUCGACGAGCGAACUCGGCGAAUUCGUCGACGAGGCCGAGAGCGAUGAGGCGAACGCGGAUAAUGCGGAUGAUGAGGAUGCGGUCGAGGACAUCCUUUAUAUGCGCGGUGCCACCUUUACGAUACAUCUGGAUGCUCCGGCCGAGAAUUCCACCGCGAACACGACGAAGAUAAAUGACGUGAACGGCGCAGAUCGGAUCGAGCUGCGCGCCACGUCUCAGGGUCCAAAUCUGGAGCAAAAACUGCCAUCCACGAUGGAGAGCAUCGUGAGUACCGAGCCAGCGUGUUCCCUGGACUGCGGACCAGCUGGAAAUUGUUAUAUCGAACAAUUCCAUGGAGAUGAAGUUGAUGUUGUAAUCGAGGACGAGGAGGACGGAGGAAUCGUGGAUCUCGAGGGCAAUACCGUGAAUCUUAGACGAAAGCAGGCAACAUUCAGACAGAGAUGCCAGUGUCCUCUCGGAAGGGGCGGUGAUCGUUGUCAGCUCGAGGCUGAAGUGAGAUCGCCGCGUUUCACAGGAUCAGGCUGGCUGGCUUUUCCCGCCUUGAGAGCCGCUUACAAACACGUGCAAUUGGAGCUGGAAUUUCGGCCCGAGGCGUGGGACGGAGUGCUCCUUCUUGCGGGCGAACGGGACGAUCUUCAGGGUGAUUUUAUGGCUUUGAUACUUCAUCAUGGCUUUAUCGAAUUCAGGUUCGACUGCGGCAGUGGCGUGGGUACGGUCAGGAGCACGGAAACGGUGAAGCUGAAUGAGUGGAACACUCUGAGUGUCUACAGACAUCGAUGGGACGCCUGGAUCCAACUAAAUCAGGAAAAGAGAGUGGAGGGACGAUCGAAGGGCUUGUUUUCGAGAAUUACGUUCCGCGAGCCGCUCUUCGUCGGCGGACCCGGAAACACGACCGGUUUGGAGCGCCUUCCGGUGAGGACAGGAUUUAAGGGUUGUAUCCGGCAUUUGGAGGCGAACGAGCACCACUAUCGCUUCCCAUUGGCCCCGCAAGGCGACGCCGCGAAUGGAUUCGACGUAGAGGAGUGCACGGCCGACAGGUGCAGCAAGGUGCCGUGUUCCCACGGUGGGAAAUGCCUGACGACCGGAGGCGACACCGCUGUCUGUCUCUGCCCGCUCGGCUAUACGGGCGAUCUCUGCGAGACUCGGGUGGACCUCCAGGUUCCAUCCUUCAACGGAUCCUCUUACCUACGUUAUCCGGGAUUGGCGGACACGUCGCUGUCGUGGCUGGAAUUGUCCGUCACGUUAAAACCGACAGCGCCGGACGGCGUGAUACUCUACAACGGCCAUCACAGUGACGCCACCGGUGACUUUAUUGCGCUCUAUCUCUCCUCGGGCCACGUGCAGUUCACUUUCGACCUCGGAACAGGACCUGCCACUCUGAGGAGCGAGAAUCCGGUUCGUCUCGGCGAAUGGGUCGAAGUUCGAGUCUCUCGAACGGGUCGUUUGGCAUCCCUGGAAGUUGAGGAAGACCCGGCCCAGGAAAUCCUGGCGCCCGGAGCGUUCACGCAAUUAUCCUUACCGCUGAAUCUCUAUUUGGGCGGCGCGCCGUCGUCCGACAUGUACUCGCCGAAGAUGAAAACUACGGCCAGCUUCGUCGGCUGCAUUCAGACGAUCGUGCUGAAUAAUCGCGAGGUGGGCAUCCUGGCAGAGGCGCUGGGUGGAGUGAAUGUAGGCAAUUGCGGGCACGCGUGCGAGGCUAGACCCUGCGGGGAUGCGGAGUGUCGGCCUCUGCGCGAGCGAUUCACCUGUCGGUGCCGUCCAGGUGUACCGCACCCAUGUCCGGCGCCGGAUGAUUCUACGCGGCUUGUGCCAUCGCCGGUUAAAGCCAGCAGUAGCAACAGCGCUGUGACGUCGUCCGUGAGAUACGAGAGGGCUGUGCCCAGCUUCACCGGCAGCGAGAGCUAUCUGCAUUACAACGACGCCGACACGAUGAAGAGGAUAAUCAGCUACAGGGUGGACAUCAACAUGAGAUUCCGCGCCAGCAGCAGCAGUGGCUUGUUACUCUGGAGUGGUCGACAGUCGGAUUCACAGGAACAAAGAGACGAGAAUGAUGAUUUCCUCGCUCUGGGCCUGGAUCACGGCUACCUCACUCUCGCGUAUAAUUUGGGCUCCGGGGAAGCCGUGCUCCGAUAUAAUCUUACGCGAUUGGAUGACGAUCUGUGGCAUCGUAUCAGGGCUGUUAGAAACGAGCAAUGGGCAUCUCUCGUGGUAGACAGCGGUACUGGGGUCUCGGCAUCUUCCCCGGGACAACUGAGACAAUUGAACACUGACACUGGUCUUUACGUUGGCGGUGCACCUGACAUCGUGAGGACAACGGGCGGCAGAUACACGAAGGGCAUCGUGGGUUGCAUCAGCGACCUCGUGUUGGACUCGGACUUCUCCGUCGCCCUGUCGUCGCCAGCGCAGGCGACCAACACGCACUCGUGCAUCCCUGAAAGAGAGAUAUCCGUGCCGUCCGACGUCAGGUGGUGGUGUUGUCGGGUCCAGCCCGAAGUUAGGAUAUGAAAAUUUAAGGAUAACGAAUCGCGAACGCGCGGCCAAGUGAAUCGCGAUAGAGUGCGAAAGUGCAUCUGUGUCUCUCUCUCUCUCUCUCUCGUGCAUCAAGCCCGCGCGCGCGGUUCAUCACUUUUGUACAGACUCAUCCUUCCACGGGUGGAACUCUGGGAGAAGAUUUGGGGGUUCGAGUGUGGAGAUCGGCAAACCGACCGGUCGUCGUGCGAGUGCCAUCGACUGGUACAUAUAGGCGGCUUUAUUGUAAAUAUUAAUAGAGCGAUCCCGCGGAGAGAUGUCCAUCGCUUGCCUCGUGGCAAUCGAUUCUUGGUGCAGCGACUUCCUGUCGGGUCAUAUAUAAACAUAUACAUAUGUAGGCCGCAGAGACCGAGAAGGUUCGAUCGAGGACGACGGAUAAACAAGGGGAAGUUAUUUUCUCACGACAGAAUUACGAGGUAUCGCAAAAAUGCGAGAGACUAACAAAUGAAUUUUGUUUUAUUAAUUGUUACAAAAAUGUUCAGCACGUUGGAAUUUUGAUUCAUCAUUUUAUUUUAUUCCAAAGUCGUAGUUACUUCACUUGAUCAUGUUUUUUUGAUCAUUGAAACUAUGUCAGGAAAAGAAUCUUAUAGAGGCAAUUCUUUGUAUGAUUUGUAAGAUUUUUUUUCGAUGCAGAAUGAUAACUAGAGAUUAAAAAUAUAUAAUUCGAAAUUAUUAAAUACAGAGAGAGUAGAAAUAACAUAUCCAUUUUUCACAAAAAAAUAAUGCUACUAAAGAAAGAAGAGAGAGUAUACACGCGAUAAAAUAACACUCGGAUGUACAGUUAGAUAUUAAAUAAAUACUGAACUACCGCGUUUUCUUGCCACAUGUGUUUCCCGUAAGUAAUUAUUAUUAAAUAAUUCUUUUUCGAAGUUGUUAAGUUGUUAAAAAAACAAAUUAAAAACAUUUGUUUAACUUUACAGUUGCUAGUAUUUUUAAACUUAUUUUUUCGAAUUAAAUCUUAAUUAUUGGAAAUGUUGGGGGAUACAAUCAAAUAAAGAAACUCGUUUAUUUUAUAUUUAAAUACAAUUCAUUAAUUUAGUAAAAUUGAUUAAAUUACGCUAUGACAAUACUAUUCUAUUCGCGAAAUUUGUGAAAAAAACUUUUCUCAUUUUUUCCUGAAAUUACAGGAUAAAAUUAUAAUAGUAAUCGUUUGCGUUUAAAGCAAAUUCCACAAAAUCAAAGAUCUAAAUUAAAUAAAAAUGUGUUAAUUACCUUGCAAAAUUUAAUUUUCGCGCUGCCUUUGUUUAGAUACCAAUUUAAUCUAAUAAUAUUAAAUUCAAAUUUAAUCUAAUAAUUUUUUAAAAGGAGUAAAUUAAAAUACAACCGAUUAAAUUAAAAAUUGGCAGCAAUUAAAUUCGUUUCUGUUCGUAUCGGGAAAAGUAAAACGUACCGAAUCAAACUGAAAGUUUCAUCCGAACAUUUCGCAGUUGAACCAUUGUGCUAUUAACAAUUUCAACUUUGCCUAUAUCUGCGUACUUAAUAAGACGCUUCUCUCGGAAAUCGUUUCGUAAAUUAAAUUCGCGCGCAAAUUGUAUUAUCGUUCGUAAUGAAAUUUAUAGCAACAACAACUACGAUGUAGUAUUACGAUGAUACUGGAGUCAAUGAGACGGCGAAAGUGCAAUGCGCGUAUUAAUUUAACACUCUACAACUCUAGAAUUUCAUCCCGGAGAACUAAUCCCGUGACGCAAUGCUUACUUAAAUUACGUAAGCGCGAUAUAUAUAUAUAUAUAUAUAUAUAUAUAUAUAUAUAAAAUAUACAUAUACAUAUAAGAGACUUGGAAAAUUUAUGCGAGACAUUCCCGGGGGAAUGACGAAAUUAAGGAAGUCGUUGCACCAGGACAGCCGUUGCCCGGCCGGAUAUAAAAUUCGGAGACGGAGAGCGUCUCGAAGACGGCGCUUUCGCGGCCUAAUAAGAUAAAAGUAUGUAGAAAAGAAAAAAAACAACCCCUCCGUGUCAAUUUUGAUUACUCCCUCCGACCGGAUGUUACCUACGACACGAGGUGUCGCGUUAUCUUCGAUUCUUACGAAUUCAAAGCGUUCAAGAUUAUCAACAGAAAUUUGGGGCGACAUUUCUAAAUCGGCGCUGGAUAGAAUUUUCACUGGAAAAGUCGACGGAUACGAAAAGCGUAUAAAGAGAAAAGAAAAUCUCGAGGGUCUCUCGAAAAAUGAAAGUUCUACAUUACGCGGAGUUAAUUAAGUUCAGCAGUUAACUCUGUUCUAUAUUUGUUAUUCAUUACAUUAUAAAAUAAAUAUAAGAAUAAAGUGCGUUAUUUUAGUUCUU